UCAUAAUGCGUUGUGGACAUUGACGCCCGUCUACUGGAGCUUAAUGGUUAGUUUCAGUUCCAAAAGGAUUACAGCGGUGCGUCUGUAGCAGCACAGUGCACAGUCGCCAUGCGCAAAAAUCCUCUUUUGGUUGCAGUCACUGUUUCAAAAGUAGGCUAUCUUCUGUGAUUAAUCGGUGAAGUCGCAUCUGCUGCUCAAAUAUGAGACUCAAAGUUCAUUCAUCAGCAAGGUUGCCUCUGAUCUCGUUCUCCAAUUGUUUUUUGGUGGACUGAGUAAUAAUGUCCCAGCUGUACUACCGCAGAACGGAUAACUCCUCUUACCGGGAUCGCAUACCGCUGCGGAUUGUGCGCGCCGAGACGGAGCUGUCAGCGCAGGAGAAGUCCUACCUCAGCGCCGUGGAGAAUGGCGAUUAUGCCAGCGUGAAACAAGCUCUGGAAGAGGCGGAGAUCUACUUCAAAAUCAACAUCAACUGCAUUGAUCCUCUGGGGCGCACGGCGCUGCUCAUCGCCAUUGAGAAUGAGAACUUGGAGAUCAUUGAACUGCUCCUCAGCUUCAACGUGUAUGUCGGCGACGCUCUGCUCCACGCCAUCCGGAAAGAGGUGGUGGGAGCCGUGGAGCUCCUGUUGAACCACAAGAAGCCAAGCGGGGAGAAACAGGUACCUCCCAUACUGCUCGACAAACAGUUUUCAGACUUCAAUCCCGACAUUACCCCCAUCAUCCUGGCUGCCCACACCAACAACUAUGAAAUCAUCAAGAUGUUGGUUCAGAAAGGUGUGUCAGUCCCACAGCCUCAUGAGGUGCGCUGUAACUGUGUUGAAUGUGUCUCUAGUUCAGAUGUGGACAGUCUGCGACACUCGCGCUCACGGCUAAACAUCUACAGGGCCCUGGCAAGCCCCUCUCUCAUCGCCAUAUCCAGCGAGGAUCCCUUCCUCACCGCUUUCCAGCUUAGCUGGGAGCUCCAGGAACUCAGCAAAGUGGAAAACGAGUUCAAAGCCGAGUACGAGGAGCUCUCUCAUCAGUGCAAACGCUUUGCAAAGGAUCUUCUGGACCAGACCAGGUCCUCACGAGAGCUGGAGUUGAUCCUUAACUUCCGUGACGAUGUCAACCUACUUCAGGAUGAGGCCACCAAUGAGCUGGCUCGCCUGAAAUUGGCCAUCAAAUACCGCCAGAAAGAGUUUGUAGCACAGCCAAACUGCCAGCAGCUGUUGGCCUCACGCUGGUAUGAUGAAUUUCCUGGCUGGAGGAGACGCCAUUGGGCUGGCAAGUUCAUCACCUGCGUUUUCAUUGGCCUGAUGUUCCCCCUACUCUCCCUCUGUUAUCUGGUGGCACCCAAGAGCCGCUAUGGCCUCUUUAUUCGCAAACCCUUCAUCAAGUUCAUCUGUCACACUGCCUCUUACCUGACCUUCCUCUUUCUCCUGCUACUGGCCUCCCAGCACAUAGUCUCCAACAAUCCUGAUCGACAAGGUCCCAAACCCACCACUGUGGAAUGGAUGAUCCUGCCCUGGGUUCUAGGUUUCAUAUGGACAGAGAUCAAGCAGAUGUGGGAUGGUGGAUUUCAGGAUUACAUCCAUGACUGGUGGAAUCUUAUGGACUUUGUGAUGAAUUCCUUGUAUCUUGCAACCAUUUCACUAAAGAUGGUGGCAUAUAUCAAGUACAGUGGCUGCAAACCCAGGGAUACUUGGGAAAUGUGGCACCCCACACUGGUGGCUGAGGCAGUGUUCGCCAUUGCCAACAUCUUCAGCUCACUGCGUCUCAUCUCACUCUUCACGGCCAACUCCCACCUGGGUCCACUUCAGAUAUCAUUGGGUCGAAUGCUCUUGGACAUCCUGAAGUUCUUGUUCAUCUACUGUCUGGUGCUGCUGGCCUUCGCCAAUGGACUCAAUCAACUCUACUUCUACUACGAAACUAGUAGUGAUAGCACGAACUGCAAAGGCAUCCGCUGUGAACGUCAGAACAACGCUUUCUCAACGUUAUUUGAGACCUUGCAGUCUUUGUUCUGGUCCAUUUUUGGGCUGAUCAGUUUGUAUGUGACCAAUGUCCAAGCUGACCACAAGUUCACAGAAUUUGUGGGUGCUACCAUGUUUGGUACCUAUAAUGUAAUCUCCUUGGUGGUCCUUCUCAAUAUGCUCAUUGCCAUGAUGAACAAUUCCUAUCAGCAUAUUGCAGACCAUGCUGAUAUUGAGUGGAAAUUUGCCAGAACUAAAUUAUGGAUGAGCUAUUUUGAUGAAGGAGGCACCCUACCACCUCCCUUCAACAUUAUCCCCAGUCCCAAAACCAUGUGUUACCUUAUUACAUGGAUUAAGGUGCAUGUUUUCAAGAGGAGGUCAAAAAGGACUGAGACAUUUGAGACAUUAGGGAGAAGGGCAGCUGAAAACGUGAGAUUCAACCACCAAUACCAGGAGGUCUUGAGAAACUUAGUAAAACGAUAUGUGGCUGCUAUGAUUCGAGAUGCCAAGACUGAGGAGGGACUCACAGAGGAGAACUUUAAGGAGCUGAAGCAGGACAUAUCUAGCUUCCGCUACGAGAUUAUAAGAAUGAUGAAAGGCAACCGAAAAAGUAUUCGUGUGAAUAAACCAAGCACAACAGCUUCUGAUGUUUCCCACCCAGAAUAUUCAUUUCAGCGUUCCUCAACUCUUCAGCAAAACAACAAGCUAAGUUUGAAUGAUGUCACUACAGUGCUGCAGCAUCACAAAUCUGAAGAGACAAGGGACUCUCUCUGCUGUCUAACCAAUGGCUCAGCGUUAGCUUUGGCUGACCCAUUAUCUAAAGACAAAGCCAGGAAAGACUUCCCUAAAGAUUUCACUGACUUUGGGUUAUUCCCAAAGACCCACAAACAAACUGGCCUUUGUCUCAACCCAAAUAAGAUCUACUCUCUCACCGAGGAGACAAGGGAGUCAGAUACUGACAUAUUAGACUGGGUGAUGGAGGAAACAGUUGAGAAACCACUGACAGAAGAGGCUGAGAUGGUUGAGAAUGAAUCAAAGUGCCUGAUGGAGCAAGAGGAAAUUAUAUUGGAUAAAGUAAAAGAGCACAUUGAAUCUCCACAUUAACACUAGGUAUAAACUGUUAUGUAACCAAGGAUUAUCUGAAUCACAAAUUUACAGGAUUUACAGUGUCAGAGAUGGAGCAAUAUGCUUUUUAUACACAGAGGUAAGGUAAAGUCUCCAAGUCUUUUGACAUUUUGUUCCUGAGAAAGUGUUAGGAAAAGGUAUUUAUGUGGACUCUAGAAACUCAUUGCUGGGACUGCAGAUGCCAAGAGCAUGCAUAAAUCUCCCCAGAAAAAACAAACAAACAAAGCACUAUAAAGUGCUGUUAAAUAGUUUUAAAAAGGAAAGAACAAUUGGAUUAAGUUUCUAUCCAAUGGACUAUAUCAUGUUCCGAUUCAAACACUUGUUUGGACAUGAUAAAUAUAAAACAGUGGGCAUGUCUAAAAUUAAUGUUAAACUGCAAAAGCACUUAACUUUGAUGUCAAUGCUCAAAGAAAUUGCUGAAUAUUUAUGAAACUGAAUAUUCAGUCAAAAUUAUGUUGUUAUGUAGAACUGAAUAUGACAAAUAAUAGUUACACAGCCUACAAUCUAUGCAAUCUAGGUGUAGCAUUCACAUAUAUAUAAAUGUGAGUACCAAUACUACACCAGAUUUUCUAGCAUCAUCCUUAAUAUUGUGAUAUUGGAUGUGUAUCAGAAAUUGAAAGGUUCUGAGCUCUAAUACAUAACAGUUUUGCUUGAUUUUAGAGGGCUACAUGACAUCUACAUGACUAUAAUAUUUGAACUGUGGUUAUUUGAAAAAUAAACACUGUCCUGGUAAGAUCA